GCCUUUUGUUCUGCCGCGGAGGAUGCUCCCCUUGGCAAUGGAUCACCAGCCUCAGCUGUUAGAGAAAGACUAAGCACCAUCACGAUUGACACGACAUCCAUGAUACCCGACGACUACACUAUUGAACAAUAAUAGGCUUUCAAUUAUACCUCAACUCUAUUCUCACAUACUUCAUGGCAUGAUAUAAUAACCCAACUCUAUUCACUUAUAUAAUCCGUCACAGCCUCUCUCCUCUUUUGCUCAUUUUGCCGAUCCCUUCUCAUCUGCGACGCGCCUUCUGUCUUAGUCGCCUUUCCUUCCCCAUACCAUCCCGCCUCGGCCUGUGAGCACUCGGGCCUCUCUUAACUCAGGCGGUGGUAUCGGGGCAGGAUGGCUAACGGGCAGAAGCCUGCGCGGGACGAACUCAAGAACCUCCAAGAAGAUCUCGGCCCCUACUACCAGAUUCCCCUGAAGCCUAGGCGAAGCGGUACUCACUCAAGGGAGAAUAGCUUUCAAGAGUCUCUGCGCCAGUCCUCCAACACGCCGGAGCCGAAACGAUCAGGCUCGAAGCGACAGGAUCCUUCGAGCAGAGAUUCGACCCCAAACCGUCCGACAAAGUCGAGGACCAAGAACCAUAGUCGGGAUAUCACUUCAGACGUGGGCACGCCGAAGAGGUCGCCGAGAAGUGAACAUAAUACCCCGCGGCCGGAGUCGGUGAAGCCGGAGCGCCACAACCGCGAGAUGUCGCAACGAAACAGAAGCGGACGGGCGUCCAACCGUAACAACGGUAAUUCACAUGGAGAGGAAGUACAGAUAUGGGAGCUGUGCAAGAGUCAAGUGGGGGAGAUUGUCUCCGGAAUCAAUGCCGAGAAUGACAGUCUUACGGAGCUUGUCACGAUGGAUAAACAAGUCGGUACGAUGGACUUGGAGAAGAUUCCGAGUGACUCGCUGAAAGAGAUGGAACAGCUAUGUCGGACAGGGGUUAAGCACUCGGAGGCUAACAUGUCAGCACUCAAAAAUACUAUCGAGCAGCUCAAAGUGUUGCGCGCCGUGGUGCACGCUAAGGAACAGCAGGAUGCUCAAGCAGCGGGGCCUGGUAAGAGGAAUGCUCGAGAUAGCGCGGCGGCAGCAUCUUCGCUCUACGACUUUGACGGGGCUGGUGAUUCACCCGUGCCGAGUCCGAUUGGAGGAUCGGCAAGAAAAUAUGGUGACCGAGCGAGAGAACGGGAACGAGAACGCGAGAGGGAAAGAGAACGAGACCGUGACAGCAUGCCUCCAAAGGCCGAUAGUGUCGAGCCUCAGGGGUCAGUUGGGAGCGGUGUCGGAUCAGGGAACAACAAGUCCAAAGUUGUCUUCUCAAAAGGCGACGCUGUUGCAUUCAAGCCCAAAGCGUUGAAUGGGGAUACAACAUCAGACUGGAUACUUGGUGAGGUCGCGCAGGUGAUGGGUGAGGGCAAAAGCCGACGAUACAAGGUCCUAGAUAUAGAACCCGAGGAUCAGAGCAAACAGAAGGAGUACCGAUCAAGUGCCAGCAGUAUGAUUCCCAUCACACCUGAGAGCCAAGCUUCGACGUUGAAAGAUUGGGAAUCAGGCAAGGUGGUGCUGGCGCUGUAUCCAAACACAACCACAUUCUACAAGGCGGAGGUUCAUAGCAUGGACAGCGACGGCAAGGUCAAUCUCAAGUUUGAGGGGGAGAACGACUCUUCAACACUGCAGCAGGUGGAGAGGAGAUUUGUGAUUGAAUACAGAGCAUAGCCCGACGAAACCGAGAUAUGUGCUAGGAGUUGUUAUAUGCUCCGGUGCGUUUAAUGAUAACGUUGCAGUGGAUAUGAUAAGGCUUCCAGGAAAACAGACCAUAGAGCAGUUGCUUACGACGCAAUAGCAAGCAUCAAUUGAGUAUUAUUACCGUUGAUAUUGGGG